AAAAAAAAAAAAAAAAAAAGGAAAUAAUAAAGGCGCCUAUUCGGGUGAGUUUCCCGCCUAAAUAUAAAAAGUUGCCAUUUUUCCCCAACAAAAUCACUCACCAUUUCUACAAACCCUAUUUUCUUCACAUCUCUCCAAAAUUAAAUAUUACUAAAAAUAGUAAAUUACAAACAAAAAAGAAUGAAGGGUGGUACAGUUCAGAUCAAUUGGCAUGAUACUAAGCCUGUUUUGUGCCUUGAUAUUCACCAACAAACUGGUGUUCUUGCUACUGGUGGUGCUGACUAUGAUAUCAAGAUGUGGGUGAUUGAUUCUGGAGAAAGUGAGAAGAAAGUGCCUUCAGUUUCAUACCAGGCUAGCCUCUCUUACCAUAGUGGUGCUGUGAAUGCGCUUCGGUUCUCCCCUUCAGGAGAGCAUUUGGCCUCUGGUGCAGAUGGUGGUGAGCUCAUCAUUUGGAAGCUACAUUCUUCAGAUGACAGCAAAACAUGGAAAGUCCUAAAGACGUUAUCAUUUCACCGUAAGGAUGUAUUGGACUUGCAGUGGUCUGCUGAUGGUUCUUUUUUGAUUUCUGGUUCUGUUGAUAAUUCGUGCAUCAUAUGGGAUGUCAAUAAAGGUUCUGUUCAUCAAAUUUUGGAUGCUCAUUUGCACUAUGUGCAAGGUGUGGCAUGGGAUCCAUUGUCCAAGUACACUGCCUCACUCAGUUCGGAUAGAUCUUGCCGGAUUUACAACAAUAAACCAUCUAAAACAAAAGGAGUUGAGAAGUUGAAUUUUGUGUGUCAACAUGUCAUUAUGAAGGUUGAACCGCAACUGCCGGAUGAGUCCAAGUCUACUAAAAAUCAUCUCUUUCUUGAUGAGACACUGCCAUCUUUCUUCCGAAGGUUAUCUUGGUCUCCUGAUGGUUCCUUUCUGCUUGUGCCUGCAGGUUCUUACAAGUUUGCACCUUCUUCAGAACCAGCAAACACUGCUUAUGUGUUUUCUAGGAAAGAUCUCUCAAGGCAAGCUUUAAUACUUCCAGGUGCCAACAAACCUGUAGUUGCUGUACGCUUCUGCCCCAUGACAUUUAGCUUGAGAGGAUCAAGCAAUUCAUCCUUGUUCGAGCUUCCUUAUCGUCUGAUUUUUGCUGUGGCUACAUUGAAUUCCUUGUAUAUCUAUGACACAGAAAGUGUGCAACCAAUAGCCAUCAUAGCUGGUCUUCAUUAUGCUGCUAUUACAGAUAUAGCAUGGUCGGCUACUGGGAAAUAUCUGGCUUUAUCCUCCCAAGACGGUUACUGCACUCUGCUAGAAUUUGAUAAUGAGGAACUGGGAUCAACUUUCUGUAAUCCAGAAAAAGAAAUUGCUGGAGAUGAACAGAAACGGGAAGAAAAUGUUCCGGAAACUAUUGGCUGUGAGAAGCCCAUGGAUGUAGAUAAUGGAAAAGCAGAAGAGAAAACAGAAGUGAAACAAGAAUCAACACUAUCAACCCCUCAAAUUUCUAAAAAGGCUGCCAGAAAAAGGAUCACACCAAUGGCCAUUGAUUGAUUUUGAUAGUUCUCUGAAAUUUUUAGUGCUCUUUUGUUGUAUUAGCUUUUAUUAGGGAGUGGCGCUUGGAAAAUGUUGGGGGAAAUUUGGAGGACUUUUCAUGUACAUUUGUAUACCAGUAGUAAUGUAAGCCAAAUCAUUUGCUUAUUGUUUUUCCUGUUAUAUAUAUCUGGAGUCCCUUUGACCUA